AUGAAAGCCUCCAUCCUAGACUUUGCGAUCCUCCUAUCACUAUUUAUGAGCGUUAGCUCCUUUUCGAGCAACUCUCCCAUCACACAGCAAUCGAGAACCCCCACACGAUUAUUUGCAGAAGAACCAGCACGCUCACUAAAGCGUAGAUCCAUUUUGGGCAACCUGAGAAAGGCAGUGGUUGGAAGUGCAACGCUUGCCGCGUUCCGCCAAAAGCCUGCUCCAGUCAACGCCGAAGAUAUUCUUGCAAGUCCUGGGCGAACCGUCCAACUGGAAAUUGCCAACCUCGAAGGAGUGGAAGGCAACACGGGCAUUGUAAAGCUCAAGCUUCAACCAGAAUGGGCCCCACGAGGUGUCAAGAGAUUUGAGGAACUAACGGAUCAAAAGUUUUUCGACCAAUGCCGAAUCUUUCGAGUGCUACCUGGAUUCGUCGCUCAAUUUGGAAUCAACGGUGAUCCCAAUGUGCAGAGCAAAUGGAGGUCUAGCAGCAUUCCAGACGAUCCAGUCAAGGUCAGCAACACUCGGGGCACGGUGGUAUUUGCUACAGCUGGGCCAAACACCAGGACGUCACAAAUCUUUGUCAAUACAAACGACAAAGGAAAUGGUUUCCUAGACAAGCAAGGAUUUUCUCCUUUUGGACAAGUAGUUGAAGGCAUGGACGUUGUCGAUAAGUUCUAUGCUGGAUACGGAGAGGGAGCUCCCUCUGGAAAGGGACCCAACCAAGGCUUGAUUCAAGCCAAGGGCAACACAUACCUGGAAGCAUCUUACCCCAAGCUCUCUUACAUUAAGAGUGCCAAAUUCCUUGAUUAA